AGCUACAUUCUCUGCACGGUUCUCCCAUUAAAAAUCAGAGCUUCAUCCUUCAAACUUAGGACUGAACUUAAAUUUUCUACCCAACAAGGUUGCUUGUAGUAGCCAUGAGGAUCAGAGGGGUGCUCACUCUGCAGAAAAGGCAAGUGCUGGUUUUCUUUGUUUUGUUGGGAUUGUCGCAGGCGGGUAUUGACUCUUUGCAUUACUCGGUAGCAGAAGAAAGAGAAAGAGGUGUUUUUGUGGCUAAUUUGGCAAAAGACAUGGAGCUGGGGUUGGAGGAGUUGUCCUCAAGGGAUGCCCAGGUAGUGUGUGAUGAUGGUGAAAAGCAUUUAUACCUUGAUUUGCUGACGGGAGAGUUGCUCUUAAAUGAGAAACUGGACAGAGAAGAGCUGUGCAGCUCCACUGAGCCCUGUGUACUGCAUUUUCAAGUAGUAUUCGAAAAUCCUUUGCAGUUUUUUCAGGCUGAGCUGCACAUCACAGACAUAAAUGAUCACUCUCCUACAUUCCUGGACAAAGAAAUACUUAUUAAAAUACCAGAAAGUGCAACUAUUGGAACAACAUUCUUAAUGGAAAGUGCUCAAGAUUUGGAUGUAGGAAACAACAGUCUUCAAAACUACACAAUUAGCCCCACUUCUCAUUUCUAUAUUAAAAUUAGAGAUGGGGAUGAUGGAAAGAUAUACCCUGAGUUAGUUCUACAUAAACUGCUAGAUCAUGAGGAGGAAUCUGAGCUUACACUGACACUCACAGCACUGGAUGGUGGAUCUCCACCCAGGUCUGGGACAACACGAGUUCUCAUCAAGGUCUUGGACAUCAAUGACAACUCCCCUGAGUUUGCGCAGGAUCUCUAUGAAGUGCAGGUCUUAGAGGACACACCUAUUGGCACCUGGAUUAUCACCGUAUCUGCUAAGGAUUUGGAUACAGGAAACUAUGGAAAAUUAUUGUACACAUUUUUUCAUGCAUCAGAAGAUAUUCGUAAAACCUUUGAAAUCAACCCACUGUCUGGGGAAGUUAACUUGAGAUCGCAACUGGAUUUUGAAACCAUUCAAUCCUACUCUAUAAAUAUUCAGGCGAUAGAUGGUGGGGGUCUUUUAGAAAAAUGUGCUCUUCUGAUUAAAGUGCUAGACAUAAACGACAACCCACCGGAAGUGAUCAUGUCCUCAGUUACAAACACAAUCCCAGAAAAUGCUUCAGAGACCCUGGUCGCCCUUUUCAGUGUUCGAGAUCAUGAUGCUGGGGACAACGGGAGAAUGGUUUGCUCUAUUCAAGAUGACCUCCCCUUUCUUUUGAAACCAACCUUCAAAAACUUUUUCACUCUGGUGUCUGAAAAAGCCCUGGACCGAGAGAGUAGAGUCCAGUAUAACAUCACUAUCACUGUCACCGACUUGGGGACACCCAGGCUCAAAACCGAAUAUAACAUAAUUGUGCAGGUCUCCGAUGUCAACGACAACGCCCCCACCUUCACCCAAUCCUCCUACACCCUCUUACACUUUUGCAUAAGGAGAGUCAUGGAGCCAGAAGAAGGGACCGCUCAGCUGGUAAGGCAAGUGCUGCUUCUCUUUGUUUUCCUGGGUGGGACUUUGGUGUAUUCAGAGACCUGGGACUAUUCUGUGGCAGAGGAAGCAGAGAUCGGCUUCUGUAUAGGCAACGUGAUAAACGAUAUGGGUUCCCAUGUAGGUGUGGAAGACCUAGCUGCACGAGGGGCCAGAGUCAUCUUUGAUGACUAUAAAUCCUACUUGCAAUUGGAUCUGCAGACAGGCAACCUCCUCUUAAAUGAACAAUUGGACCGGGAGGCCCUUUGUGGAGCCACUGAACCUUGUAUAUUGCACUUCCAGGUGUUACUGGAAAAUCCUUUGCAAUUUUUUCAGGCUGAGCUUUCUGUCCAAGAUAUAAAUGAUCAUAUUCCCACGUUCCUAGAGAAACAUAUGCUCCUAAAAAUCUCAGAAGGUACUUCUCCAGGCACGUCCUUCCAAAUGGAUAGGGCACAGGACUUCGAUGUAGGAAUGAAUACUGUCCAAAACUAUACAAUAAGUCCCAAUGCUCAUUUCUAUGUUAAGUUACAUGACAGUGGUAAGGACAGAAAAUACCCAGAGCUGGUACUGGAACAAUCUCUGGAUCGAGAAAAGGAGUCUGAGUUUAAUAUAACUCUAACAGCCUUAGAUGGUGGGUCCCCUUCCAGGUCUGGGACUGCACUGAUUCAAGUGGUGGUAGUGGAUAUCAAUGAUAAUGCUCCUGAGUUUGAGAGACCACUCUAUGAAGUUCAGGUACCAGAGAGCAGUCCUGUGGACUCGUUGGUAAUCAAGGUGUCUGCUACAGACUUGGAUGCAGGAAUAUAUGGAGAACUAUCUUAUUCCUUUUCCCAUACCUCUAGAGAUAUACAGAAUACUUUUGAAGUACAUCCAAUUUCUGGGGAAGUCCGUUUGAAAUCGCUACUAGAUUUUGAGGUGAUUCAGUCCUAUACAGUAAAUAUUCAGGCCAUUGACGGUGGCAGUCUUUGUGGAAAAUCAAUCAUUGCAGUUCAGGUUGUCGAUGUGAAUGAUAAUGCACCAGAAAUAGCCAUGACGUCGCUUAUCAGUCCUGUUCCCGAAAACUCUUCCCCUGAGAUGGUGGUCGCUGUAUUCAGCAUAAGAGACCAAGACUCGGGAGACAAUGGGAAGAUGAUCUGCUCCAUUCACGAGGACUUGCCUUUUCUCUUGAAGCCUACAUUUAAGAAUUUCUACACCCUAGUAACUGAGCGCUCUCUGGACAGAGAAAGCCGAGCCCAAUACAACAUCACCAUCUCCGUCACCGAUUUGGGGACACCUCGGCUCAAAACCCAGCACACCAUAACCCUGCAGGUCUCCGACGUCAACGACAACGCCCCCACCUUCACCCAAUCCUCCUACACCCUCUUUGUCCCAGAAAACAACAGCCCCGCCCUGCUCAUAGGCACCAUCAGCGCCACAGACAGAGACUCAGGCUCCAAUGCCCAGGGCCCCUUCCCUGCCCACCUGGUGGACGUCAGCGGCACGGGGACGCUGUCGCACUCCUACCAGUAUGAGGUGUGUCUGAGGGGAAGCACAGAGACCAGCGAUUUCAAGUUUCUAAAGGCUGUUACCCGAAACAACCAGAAGACUGAAAAUGACUUUGAAGAAAAUUCUAUAUUUGUUAAUGGUUUGGGAUACAAUUAAUAAUUGUUGUUUGAUUUGUUUUGUUUUUUUUUUUAGA